AUGCAGUAGCAAUAUUCGCAAUAAGAAAGUGGCACUUUAGCCUUUUCUUAAUCAUCUGAUACCUCUCCUUCGAAUAUAUUAGAAUAAACCCCUAAUAAGACUUGUAGAACUGAUGUCUCAAGGCAAUAAGAUUUGAAUAGCGGAGGAAAUUUUACUUAUAACUCAGAUGUAAAGCGAUUGCAAGAAAGUGAUCUCGUGAAUGUCGAAGGCGGAAUGUACUCUGAUUAUAAACUCACCAGUCACAAAAAGAUAUCAAAUUAGGGAAGAAAAAUGGAAAAAAUACUUGAUGAUACUCCGCAAGUGCUGAUAGAGGAACUAAAUCAUCACUCAAGAGAGCAAUACGAUUUGAAACAAGUCAGUCAGCAGUAGAAAAUAGAAGCAUUUAAUAUUGAUAAGCUUUAAGAGUCUCAAAAGAAACUACAAAACUAUCAGUCUAAGAAAAUAGAGGAUGAGGAGGAUAUGUUGAAGAUCAAUUACGAUAGUAUAUUUACUGAUAGGACAAACCGUGAUGAAAAUAUGGUUUCUUCACCAUCGAGUUAAUCAAUGGGGUAAGAUAGUGUGAACAAGUCAGAUAAAUUAAUUGAAGAACUAGAUAAACAAAAGUUGGAAAACGAGUAACUUGCAAAAUAAAAUAUAUUACUACUGUAAUAAAUGCGAGAAAUUAUGAUAUCUAAUAAUUCUAGUAAUGCAAGCAAUAGCACAGCUAAAUUUGAGACAUAGAACAAUACGAACUUGGAAAAUAGAGUCAGCAAUACUCAAUACUAGAACUUAUAAUCAUGCUUGAUAAAUUAGAAUGAGAUUAACGAGAAUCAUAAUUAAAAGCAAGAGGAAGAGUUCAGCAUGAAAAAGGUACAAAUAUAUACAGACGACUAUGAGGAAUACGAAAAUGAGUAACUAAGAAUAGGGUAAAUGUCAAACAACUAAAAUGAUGGAAGUCUCAAGGAGUAAGAGGCCUUCAAGAAAACUUUUACUAGAAAUAACAGUCAUAAAAUAGCAGUUACUGUUACACCAUCCUCCUCUUAGCCAAAUUUAAAAUAAAACUUUACUGAAAAUAAAGCUUCACAAUUUCAAGUGAAAACUAUAACUCAUACAAGAAAAUAAUCAGCAGAGGGAACAAAUUUUACCUUCUGCAAUACUUGCAAUCAUCAAUGCUAGUGCUAGAACGAGUUACAGCAAUAAUAAAAAUAAGAUAAUAACCUGCAGAGUCAGCAUAGAGAGGCCAACACAACAAGCGAUUAAAGCUCAAACAUAAGUAAAAAAUUCGUGAGUCUUAAGAAAAUGGCUUUUUCUCCUCCUAAAUAGCUUUAGAAUAUUCAAAUUGAUACCAAACCACCGACUACAAAUUAGUUUACAGUGGGGCCUAGAACGACUCUAGGAUUGCCUCCUUAAAGUAAUAAUAACAGUAAGGGUUUAGAUAAUCAUGCUAAAACAACAAAAAAUCAUCACUAAAAUAUUAGAUAGCUUCCGUUAUAGUAAAAUAACUCAUUACCUGCCUCUUAAGUAAACUCUGCAAGAAGUGGUCACAAAAAUACUGGGUCUACCUCUUAAGUUAGAUAAAAUACAUCAUUGAGCUAAGGAAAUACUGUUAAACCGAUUUAGAAUAGAAGAACAUCAUCUUAAUCAAACUUUCAUGAGAAAAACUAUAUUAGGAAUAUGCUUUAGAAUAGUGUUCUAUCAAGCAAUGAGGAUAAAAUAGACUUCUUAGUCUCUGAGAUUGAGACAGCUAAUACAAAGAUAUCAAUGCUCUAGGAUCAUCUCUAAAACUUGGGAGGAAGUGCUCCACCAAAUGUAAAUUAUGGAAACAUGAAUCUAGACAUCUGGGUCAGUGAGAAAAAGCAUCUACUCGAUUAAAUUUAGAAUCUCAAAGAAUAAUCUUAUAAAAGUCAAUAGGAAUCCAUCAGCUUGAAAGAUGAAAAUUCUUAGUUAAGGGUGUUAGUAACCAGAAGAACUGAAGAAGCAAACCAGACCAUUCUUAAACUUGCUUAGUAAAAUUAAGAAUUCAAGUCUAAAAAUGAGGAAUAUUUGGUCUUAAUUGAGUAGUUAAGCAAUGAGAUUAUUAAGGCUUCUAAUUAAAAUCAGCAAAUUUAGUAAUAAUAUCAAUAGGUUCAGCUAUAAAAUUAGUAGCUUAUCUAAGUUAUUUAAACAAUGAAUUAGAAUCAAAUGAGUAUGAAGUCUAAUCAGUUGAUGUUGAAUAACAAUGAAGAAUAUGAUAGACUUAGGCAAGAAAACAUAUAAUUGGGUGCAGAUCUGAAGGCUAUGAAUGUGAGAUUUGAAGAAAUGAUCAAGGAAAAGAGUAUACUCGAGCAAUAAAUAAUGUAGUCAUAGUUGAGUUUAGAUAAUCUAAAUCAACUAAAUUAAUAGAAAGAUGAAACAAUUAAAAAACUUAAGAAGAAAAUAGUGGGCUAAUACAUCAAAGAGAAAAUUUGGAAUAACUAAAUUGGUUAUGAUGAUGUAGGGGAAGUUGAUCUUUAACAAGAAUAGUAGCUAGAUGAUGGUCAAGAGGAUUUUAAUUUCAAAUAAAACUAGAGAGACUUACAACUCAAUACCAUUAACCAAUAGCAGCAUGAACAGCAUAAAUUAAACAUGAUGAGCGCUCUUUUCUCACCUCUGUCUACAAUUGCAAGCCAAAACAAUAAUCAAGAUGACAAUUUCAGCAGUAUUAAUGGAGACUUUUUGUCAUCCUAAGCGAACUAUAACUUAAAUAGCAAGGGAUUUAGCAUUGGUAACACAACUCUUGGGAAUAAUAAUGCAAAUCAGAAUAAUAACAGAAGAUUCUUUUAAACGAAUGACUUCAGUUUAAAUGCAGGCAAGCAAUAGAUGAAGUAGACAUUCUAGCUAUCAUAGACAUAGCAGCAGCAAUAAUAACAAUAUUGA